AUGAAGUUCAUCACCGGUCUCUCCUGCCUCGCCGCGCUCGCCAGCGCCGCCGUCGUCGACCUCGGCAAGCGCGACAGCCCUCUCGAUGUCAAGAUCGAGGCCGUCGGCAACUCUGGCGUCAAGGCCAGCAUCACUAACACGGGUGCUACCGACCUGAAGGUCUUCAAGACUGGUUCCAUCCUCGACAAGCUCGCUGUCGAGAAGGCCGAGGUCUUUGCUGGCUCCGAGAAGGUCGCCUUCGACGGUAUCCGCCUCCGCCUCCAGACCGAGGGCCUCACCGCCGACGCCUUCGAGGUCAUCCCCGCCGGCCAGACCGUCUCCGUCGAGUGGGACGUCGCCGAGGUCCACGACCUCUCGGCCGGAGGCAAGUUCGACGUCGCCGCCAAGGGCUCCUUCUCCUACGCCGAGCCCGAGUCCACCGACAUCGCCGGCACCGCCUCCUUCGCCUCCAAUGUCUUGAGCGUCGACGUCGACGGCGCCGCCGCCGCCAAGGUCCGCCGCGACUUCCACGACAACGUCAAGCGCACCGUCGUCCAGUCCGACUGCACCGGCACCCAGCGCACCCAGACCACCACCGCCCUCAGCAACUGCCGCGCCCUCGCCGCCGCCGCCUCCUCCGCCGCCGUGUCUGGUUCCGCCGCCAAGAUGACCGAGUACUUCAAGUCCUCCACGACCGCCACCCGUAACACGGUCGCUGGCGUGUUCGCCAAGGUCGCCAGCGAGUGCGGAUCUACCACCUCCGGUGUCUCGCGCCAGUACUGCACCGACAUCUACCCCGCCUGCUCUUCCGGCGUCAUUGCCUACACGCUUCCCUCGCAGAGCUACAUGGUCAACUGCCCUACCUUCUUCACCAUGACUGCUCUGUCGCGCACCUGCCACGCCCAGGACCAGGCUACCACCGCUGUCCACGAGGUCACCCACUUGAGCCAGAUCAAGGGCACCACUGACCAGUCUUCCUGCUACGGAUACUCUUGCGUCCAGAGCUUGACCGCAGCUCAGAACCUCAACCACGCCGACACCUACUCUCUGUUCGCCAACGCCAUCUACGUCGGCUGCUAA